AUGUACUACUCCGUCAGCUAUCUCUUGGACUGCGUCGAUGGCUAUGCGGCCCGAGCACUGAACCAGGAGUCCAGGCUCGGCUACUAUUUAGAUAUGGUCAUCGAUCGAGUGUCCAGCUGCUUAUGUCUUCAUUUUGCCGCGCGAUCUGUGCUAGAUGGGAAUACAUGUUUCACCGGGACCACCGCAGAGAUCGUGGCCUUCGUGUUGCGGGCCCUCAUCCUUCUGGUGGAGCUCAUCGCGCACAGUUCGGUGAUGUUCCUCUCAGAAGUGUUGGGGGUGCAUCAGAAGCAGAUGGGAUAUGACUACGCCAUCGUGCGGAAGUAUCUCAGUGAUAAGAAAUACCUCUUCUGGUCUUGCCUCAGCUUCGAGCUCUUUGGCCUUAGCCUCAUCGUCGACAGCGGGCCCAUUGCUGUGCUGGUGAUGCUGCUGAGCUUGCCGGGCUUCGUCUUCCGCGCGGCGGCCAACAUUUGUCGGCUGAUCGCCAUUGUCACCAAGAAGGAGCUCACGAAGUGGACCAGCCGCUCGGUCGCUUUUCACGGACGGUUUGGAAAGACAGGGCCUCAACCAGCAGACGAGCACUGGAGUGUAUGA